AUGAAUCAACAUUCACGAAGCCAUAAUUUUCCAUGUAUUGGAAGAUCUAUCCAAAAUUCUUUAUCUUCUAGCUAUUCAUCAUCAUUUAGAAGUUCCGGUAUAGCAAAAUACCAUGAUACUUAUCAUUCCCCAUAUGCAAAUUAUGAUUGUACAUUCAUAAGAGGAAUCAUUCCAUCAAAAAAAGAAACCUAUAUAUGUGAUUGGCCAUAUAAUCAGAAAAAUAAUGGAUCUGUUACUGCAGUAACAAAUGGAAAACGUAUUGAAUUGUCAUUUGAUGUUAAACGAUUUAAACCAAAAGAAAUUAAAAUAUACGUUGAUGGAGAAAGAUUAAAUAUUUUUUGUAAACAUGAAAAAAAUAAUGAAAGCAAUGUUUGUGGGACUAAUAUAUCAAAAACAUAUCAUCUUCCAAAAUACAUAAAUCCUAAAACUUUAACACAUGAAAUAACAAAAGAUGGUGAUUUAAUAAUAAGAGCAUCAAAAAAAUUUAUAUAA